AUGGUGAAGAGUGCAAACGUCGAUUUAGACAAAGCCAAGGUGGAAACAAAAGAACCGCUACACAACGAUCAGUCAAAAUGGAUUGGCCUUCAUGCAAUUCGAUGGGUGGAUCCCUCAGGAAAACACCGGGUCUGGGAGUGCGCCGAUCGCAAGACACGCAAAGGCCAGGUUGAUGCUGUGGCAAUUCUUGCGAUUGUGAAGCGGCCGGGCACUGAGCCACAUGUCCUUCUCGUUCGUCAAUUCCGGCCGCCCGCGGAAAAGACAAUGAUUGAGUUACCGGCCGGCCUUGUCGACAAAGGCGAAGUAGGCGAUGAUGGUGUACUGCGUGCGGCGUUCCGUGAGCUUCAUGAGGAGACGGGAUACCGGUCCGAUAAUCCUGGCACUUCCAUGCAUGUGGCAUCGAUGAGCUCCAUCAUGUAUAAUGACCCUGGCCUGACUGGUGCAAACAUGAGGAUGUGCACGAUGGAGGUCGAUCUCUCCAAAGACGCACCUGAUCCUAUCGCAAAUCCUGAUGAAGGCGAAUUUAUCGAGCGUUAUCUGGUACCGCUGCGCUCUCUCGGCAGUGAGCUGGAAGCGUUUGUUAAAAAAGGCUAUGGAGUUGAUGCCCGUCUUGCUCAUAUGGCGGCUGGGAUUGAUAUCGGCCUCAACUACGCUACGAGAUGA